GUUAUUUUUGACAGCGAUCUUACUCCAUAUGAUCUGAUCACAUUUCUAUAUCUCAUGUACUUUUCCUCUUACAACGCACUGAAAAUUCAAAACGACGCCCCCUUUGAGAGCUUCAUUCGAACAAUAUGCUACAUGAAGCCCUCCUGACAUUUAAGACAUAUUAGUCCAUGUGUAUGCAGUAAACAUAUUUAUUACUGUUAUCGGACUUUAGAAUAAUGUUUUGAAAUGUGCUCAAUUUCCUCAAAAUUGCAUAUUUCCAUGUUCUCACUUGACCAUAUGGGCAGUUAACCAUCAUUUUUGUAUUUUUCCCAUGUAUUCUUAUACAUCUGAAGAUGAUCUAACAAGAAUUUGGUGGUUUUGCUGAGCUGCUUUCUGUAAUUAUGAUUUAUUUAUAAAAUGAGCUGUCAUGCUCUUCUUGCCAUACAAAUGCAACCAAAACAAAUAAUAUCAUAGUUCACAGAAUCACAAUUCGCAUAAGAAAACACUGAAUGCUUUAUCUAACAUGCUGUUUGAGUGAGAGGCUCUCUGUGGGGGGUCAUUUUGAAUUUUUGGCCAAAAAAGUACAUAAGAGAUGACUGAUCUGCUUACAUCUUUACAUUCUGCAGGAAAAAGUCAGCCAUAUUUAUAAAUUAAUAUAUUAAAUUGUUGUUUAAUGUGUUGUAUUAAUAACAUGUGGUAGUCCUUACGGAUUUUUGCUCUUUUUGAUUUGUAUAAUCCAGCAAAGUAAGUACUCGAUUAUUUGCAUAUUUAAUUGGGUAUGAAAAUUGUUUCAGCACUUUAUUGGGAUGAAAAGUAUCCUGUUAAUAUUCAAUUGAUAUUUUGACGUAAUUAGAUCAACAAGCUGGAUAAAGCAGUGGCAGCUGCCUACACAUUUUCUCUGGCCAACCCUGAGCACAUGGAAAUGAGGCAGAAUCUGGAGUACUAUAGGAUGAUGGCAGGAAUUCAGGAGAUCCACUUCAAAGAUCUGGAAGCAAAGCCCCACAUGUCAGAGUUCCUGCAAGGAAAAAAGUUUUACAGUUUGGAUGAGUUCAGUCUUGCAAUUGAGCACUUUGAGACAGCAGUGGAAGAAUACUUUGCUGCUGAUCUGGAAUGCCGUGCCCUCUGUGAGGGAAUUUACGACUAUGAUGGUUAUAACUACCUGGAGUACUCUGCUGAUCUUUUCCAGUCAAUGACAGAUCACUACAUGCAAAUUCUUAACUGCAAACAAAAUUGUGCCAUCGAACUAGCCAUCCUGCCGGGCACUGAAAAACCUUUGGAAGAUUUCCUGCCAGGACAUUUCAACUACCUGCAAUUUUCAUACUUCAAUAGGGAGAACUAUGAGAAGGCCAUUGAAUGCGCCAAAACAUACCUGCUGUUUCACCCAGAGGAGGAAGUCAUGAAUCAGAAUGUGGCUUACUAUUCUGCUGUUUUGGGAGAAGAGCAGGCUAUGGGCAUUUCUGCCAGAGAGGUGAUCCAGAAGCACAUUACACAAUCUUUGUUGGAGAAGGAACUGCUGUAUUUUGGCUAUGAAGUUUUUGGAAUUGCAUUUGUUGAUCCGGAUUCAUGGACUCCUCCCGAUAUCAUGCCUCAGAAGCUGAGAGACAAACAGAAGACAGAGAGAGAGACAGCAGCUCGGAUAACAGAGGAAAUUGGCCAUCUUAUGAAGGAGAUUGAGACACUUGUGGAAGAAAAGGCUAAGGAGUCAACUGACAUUGCCCAGAUUGUGCGAGAAGGUGGAAGUGUGCUGUUUGAUGAUAUCGUUGUGGCCAUGACAUCUAGAUCCUUGAAUGGGUCUCAGAGGGUGGUCUUGGAUGGGGUGAUCACUGAUGAUGAGUGUUGGGAGCUACACCGCCUGUCCAAUACAGCUGCAUUAAAAGGUGAUGGCUACAGGGGGAAGCCCUCACCUCAUUCUCCUAGCGAGAUGUUCCAAGGAGUUACUGUCCUGAAAGCUGCAAAGAUGGGGCAGGAGGGGAAGGUCCCUCUCAAGAGUGCCCAGUUGUACUUCAACCUGAGUGAGAAAGUGCGCAAAGUUGUGGAGUCCUACUUCCGCUUAGAAACUCCACUUUAUUUCUCCUACACUCACUUGGUCUGCCGUUCCGCAUUUGAUGACAAGCAAGAAGGCCGUGAGGACUUGAGUCACCCUAUACAUGUGGACAACUGCCAGCUGAUAUCGGAACUCAAUGAUUGUGUCAAAGAGCCACCUGCAUACACACACAGGGACUAUAGUGCCAUUCUCUAUCUCAAUGAUGACUUUGAAGGGGGUGAUUUCAUCUUCACAGAACUUGAUGCUAAAACCAUUACGGCCACAGUGAGACCUCGUUGUGGCAGGGUCGUUGGCUUUGGGGCUGGGAAGGAGAAUCCCCAUGGUGUGACGGCUGUCACAAAGGGUCAGAGAUGUGCUGUUGCUUUGUGGUUUACCCUAGACCCACGCCACAAUGAAAAGGAGCGAAUCCAUGCUGAAGACCUAUUGAAAAUGUUAUCUAGUCCAGUGGAUGCUGAUUUCCUUGAAGCAAAGAAAAAUAGCAAUGAACCAAUGGCCUCAGACCCAGAAACUAUGGCAGGAGUAAAAUGCCAAGUUCAGUCUGAUGAAAUUGUUGACCAACAGACUGGUAUUCAGGUAGAUGAAAAAGGAAUGACGAAAGAUGCUGAAAAACCAGCAAAUGUACAGGGACAAGAAGAACAGAAAAAGGUACGAAAAACAAAGGUCAAAGAGGCAGAAAAAGAUAAGCAAGCUGUAAAGCAGAUGGAUACACUGGUCAUUGCAAAUAUGGACAAACCAUCUGUUGACAGGAUGGAUGAACACACUAUUAACAAAUCAAACUUUUCCAGAAACGAAAGCCAACAAAGGGAACAAACACCAAUUAAAGAAGCUUUUACAGAUAAGAUCAGCGAAGAUUCUGGGACACAACCAUCAGUAAUAGACACAAACCAGUCAGGAUUAGAGAACAAGGACACUCAGGCUCAUAAAUCUGACUCCGAAGAGAAGGAUGAGCUGUGAGGGUUUUGUUUUUUUUUAUUUUUUUAUGCCACCUAUUUCAUACUUAUUGGCAAAUUUGAACCAUGUUUUUGAAAUUAGAAACCAUUAGAAAUAUUUUGGUUAUAUCCCUCAAGGAAUGGGCUGGAUAAAUGGAUACACGGAACAGACAGUGUUGACAAUAUAAAAAAGUAUAAAGCCAUUUUCAAUGAAUGUAUUGCUCCUGAUCAACACAAGGUGGCAGUGCAGACUGAUCAUCUAAUUAUGUAAUUGGACAGUAAGAAAUCCGGAAACCGAGCAGUAAUAUAAAAAUUGUCAGAAGUUCCUUGGCAUCAUUAAGAAAACAAAACAUUCUAUUUUUUUUACCUACUCCCUGUAUGUACAUCAAUGAUGUCAGAACAACAUAAUUUUAGCCAUAAAAAACACCACUUUUUACGCUGGAUCCUGUGUUUUAUAAACAUACACCGAAGUUUCUUUUUUCCUCUUCAGAAAAUGGUAGUACUGGUAGCAUAUUAUAUAUGGUAUUUAUGGUAAAUUAAUUUAAAUAAUUGGACAGAGGCUCUGCUCUGUCCAAAAUGUGGGCCAUUCACUACAUGCCAACGUGACUGUGAAUGUAAAUAUUCUGGUAUAAAUUUAUCCAUCUUCCAUAUUGCUCGUCCAGUACAUGGUGAACCUAGAACUUAUCCCAGGAUGCACAAGCAGAUGAUGCCUUGGAUGGUAUGUUUGUACAAUGUUCAUAUUGUAUGGCCUAUGUGGUUUAACCAAGGUGUGACUAUUUCUGUUAUUUGUGAUAAAUUAAAAAAAAAAAAAAUUACAAGCUA